AUGGGUGAAGAACAGGGCCAAAAGUCAGUGCAAUCAUCCGCUGGAAAACCAAGGCUGCAGCAAGCUAUUGAGUUCAUAUCUCCAUUGAUUUCUCACUCGCAUUCAGUUAAGGUUUUUCCGGUGAAAUGGCAUUCCAUAAGAAACAAGCUUGAAGAAAUUCUCUCUAACCUCACCGUCAUUGAUCAGAAUUCUGAUUUUCACGAUAAUGAAUCCAUCUUAAAUACAGUAGAGGCAAUUCUGGCCACACUCAAGAACUGCAAUGAGCUUGCGCAGCGGUGCGUGGAUUUAUCCUACACUGGGAAGCUGCUGAUGAAAAGUGAUCUUGAUAUAGUAUGCACAAAAUUGGAUAAUCAUAUAAAGACACUUUCUGAUGUAUAUACUCUUGGGCUGCUCACUCAUAGAAAUGCAUUAGUGGUACCAAAGCCUGGUCUUUCAGCUUCUCGAGAAGAUGUAAGAUUCUAUAUCAAUGAUUUGUUGUCAAGGCUCAGGAUUGGCAGUUGGGACAUGAAGAAACAAGCCCUUGUUGCCUUCAAUGAUGCUACUGAAGAAGAUGAUAGAUAUGUGAAGAUUUCUGUGGAAGUUGAUGGUUUUAUUAGUUUCUUGGUGCAUUUUCUUGAUUCCGAAGAGGGGGAGGUUCAAGAACAGGCCGUGAAAGCAGUGUGUAUGAUUUCGGGUUUUGAAUACUGUAAAGGUGUAUUGAUCAGCGUAGGGAUAAUAUCUCCAUUGAUUGGAGUCUUGGAGUCCGGGGGUGGUUCGAGCAAAAAAUUCGCUGCUAGGUGUUUGAUGAAGUUCACAGAGAAUUCGAACAAUGCAUGGUCAGUUUCGGCUCACGGUGGAGUGACUGCCCUUUUGAAAAUAUGUGGGAAACGAGAUAAUGGUGGUGAAUUGGUUGGCCUGGCUUGUGGAGUACUGAAAAAUUUUGUUGGCGUCGAAGAAAUCAAGAGGUUUAUGGUCGAGGAAGGAGCAAUUCCAUUGAUUCUAGACCUUGUGAGGUCUAAAGAUGAGAUUACACGAAUAUGUUCACUCGAUCUUUUACAAGCUAUGGCUUAUAAGGAUGAAUCAGUUAGCGAAAUGGUUGUUAAAGAAGGUGGAAUAAGCACGAUGGUGCACAUUUUGGAUCCUAAAUCAUCAUUUUCAAUGAAGAUAAGAGAGGCGUCAUUACGAGGAAUCAUGAAUAUAUGCUGUUCAUCAGAGAAUUCUCUCCAUAUUUUGAUUGCUUCCAGCUUCAUGGAUCAUAUACUUUAUUUUCUUCGUUUCGGGGAGGCUUCAGUUCAAGAACUGGCGUUAAAGGCAGCAUUUUGGCUAUGUGGCACGUCCGAGGAGACGAAAAAGUUAAUGGGCGACGCCGGGUUCAUGCCAGUGGUGAUUAAAUUUCUCGACUCGAAAUCAUUCGAGAUUCGAGAAAUGGCAGCCGAAAUACUAUAUAGCAUGGUUAUAAUACCAAGAAAUCGUAAGAGUUUUGUGCAGAAUGAUCUGAAUGUGGGCUUAAUUCUGCAAAAGCUUGAUCCUGAAGGUGCAGGGGAGGCAAACUCAAGUAAUAACAAAAGGCUAUUGCUUUCCAUACUGAUGUCAUUGACAAGUAGCAACAGUGCAAGAAAAAAGAUUUUAAAUUCUGGGUAUUUAAAGAACGUUGAAAAGCUUGCAGAUGCAGAAGUUUCAGAUGCAAAAAAGAUUGUCAGGAAGUUAUCAUCCAAUAGAUUUCGUAGCAUUUUGAGUGGCUUCUGGCAUUCUUAA